AUGCAGGCUGGUUUGGUAGGUGAAAUACGCAACGUAGUAGUACAUCAAUUUAGAUGGGCUUUUUGCAAGCAGCAACGUUCAAUCUCCAGUUGCCGCUGACUCUCCGAUUCGUGCAAAACGCUCGUUUGUGCCCAGUCCUGAGCCACCCAGUGAAGAAUGGUUUGUACCGAGUCCCGUGUAUGAUGUACCGAGUCCAAAGCCACCCAGUGAAGAAUGGUUUGUACCGAGUCCCGUGUAUGAUGUACCGAGUCCAAAGCCACCCAGCCAAGAUCAGUUUGUACCGAGUCCCGUGUAUGAUGUACCGAGUCCAAAGCCACCCAGCGAAGAUCAGUUUGUACCGAGUCCCGUGUAUGAUGUACCGAGUCCAAAGCCACCCAGUGAAGAAUGGUUUGUACCGAGUCCCGUGUAUGACGUACCGAGUCCAAAGCCACCCAGUGAAGAAUGGUUUGUACCGAGUCCCGUGUAUGAUGUACCGAGUCCAAAGCCACCCAGCGAAGAUUGGUUUGUACCGAGUCCAGUGUAUUUUGUACCCAGUCCAGAGCCGUAACUCGAUCCAGACGAUCUCUAGCAAACGAUGCACCAAAAGCCGCCCAGAACUAAACAACAAGAGAAAUCGAGUCAAGAAAAUGUCAAUCAUUUUCCAACUCGUUUAA